AUGAAGCCUAAACAGGAGCCUCCGAACCCAGAAUUAGAGGAUCUCUUCACCAAAAUUAUUGAGAAUUUAGGCGAAGACCCAAGUCGUCAGGGCUUGAUGAAAACGCCUCUCCGUGCCGCGAAAGCGAUGGAAUUUUUGACGAGCGGCUACCAUCAAAACGUUGAUGAAAUUUUGAAUGCGGCGAUCUUUGAAGAAGAUUACGACGAAAUGGUAAUCGUGAAGGAGAUCGAAUUUUAUAGUCUCUGUGAACAUCAUAUCCUUCCCUUUUGGGGCAAAUGUCACGUCGGGUAUCUCCCGCGGAACCAGAUUAUAGGUUUGAGUAAAAUCCCGCGUAUCGUCGAUAUGUUUUCCCGGCGGUUGCAAGUCCAAGAACGUCUCACACGUGAGAUCGCCGAGGCACUCGAAACUGCACUUGACCCGCGCGGUGUUGCGGUUGUGAUGGAGGGACAACACUUGUGUAUGAUGGCACGUGGCGUGGAAAAGCAGGCACCAAGAAUGACGACGAAUGUCAUGCGCGGAGCGUUCCGCGAGGAUAGUUCAACGCGUGCGGAGUUUUUGAGGUGCGUCCAAAUAUCCUAA